CUUGGUGGCAUCUUUUUCCCUCCUCGCGACUGUGCGGGCGAUCCCACUCCGCCACCUCUCCUUCCCAGGUUCUCCUUUUCAUGCUCUCUCUCAGCCUCUCUGUCUCACUCUCUCUCUCCCCCCCUACAAUAAAUUCACAGGCUGAAGCUUCUCAACGUGUCUCCCAUGGAACUUUCAUGUGGGGAUGACGCUAAUACAGAGGAGCGGAGAGUUUCAUUGACAGAAGGCACGCAUAAUAGUGGGGAAGGAGGUAAUUGCAUGGAAGUCCAUCAUCACCACCAUGAGGUGGAAUUGGAGAUUGAAUUCUGGCCGCUGGAACACCCGACUGAGCCGCCGGACGAAGAUCAGCCCGUGCAAUGCCCAAUGCUCAGCACUUCUGCUAUUCCCGGUGCGCAAAUGAACGAGGAGCGAAUUGCGGAGAGCAUGAGGAAGCGAGCAGAAGCACAGGAAUUGGCAAAGACAGGGAAGGUCACGGUGGCUUCUGAACCGUCGGUCCGACCCCUGCGCAAGAGGCAUCACACACUUACCCAUGGGGACAUCGUCAUAACCCCAGUAAGGACCAUGCCUCCACCGCCGCCACCUCCACCGCACAACAUCACCAUUUUCCGCAUGCUUCAGCAGCGGUUUGACAGUCUCGAGAACUGAAGGAUUACCGCCGUCCGAAAAAGAGAAAUCCCCUGAACCUUCCCACUUUUGCCCGUUCUGUUUAUAGCACAUUUGGUAGGGUUAAUUGUCAAAAGUUAAUAUGGCACCAGAUCUGUCAAAGACAUCUCUUCUUAGCUGUCAUAUUACCGGCAGUGUACUCGGAACGGCCAUAUGCGUAUGUUAUCGGCAGGUGAAUUAAGCGUCUCUUCCUACUUAUUGACAUA